AUGGGGCCUUUCUCAUGGAGAUGGAUUGCGGUAGUUCUUACUAGUGUUCUUUCUCUUCCUUUCAUCUCCUACUCAGAGCAAGCGCCAAACUACUCCUUUCUCCACGACGCCACCCGAUCCCCCUCCGUCUCCUACUACGACUACAUCGUCAUCCGGGGCGGCGGAACCGCCGGCUGCCCUCUCGCCGCCACCCUUUCGGAGCACUCCACCGUCCUCCUCCUCGAGCGGGGUGGGUCCCCCUACGGCAACGGGAACAUAACAAACCUUGCCUCCUUCGCCUCCACCCUCGCCGACUCCUCCCCUUCCUCCCCCUCGCAACGCUUUGUCUCCACUGACGGUGUCAUCAAUGCUCGAGCUCGCGUUCUUGGCGGCGGUAGCUGCAUCAAUGCAGGCUUCUACACAAGAGCGAGCCGAAGCUACAUUCAAAAUGCCGGAUGGGAUGGGAUUUUGGCCGGAGAAGCAUACCGUUGGGUGGAGAGGGUGGUGGCGUUCAGGCCGGAGAUGAGGAGGUGGCAGUCGGCGGUGAGGGACGGGCUGUUGGAGUCGGGGGUCAGGCCGUACAACGGGUUCACGUACGAGCAUUUGUAUGGGACGAAGGUCGGGGGCACGAUUUUCGAUGCGGAGGGGCGGCGUCAUACGGCGGCGGAUCUGUUGCAGUACGCGAGGCCGCAGGCGAUUACUGUGCUCCUGCACGCCACUGUGUCGAGGAUUUUGUUCAGGCAAGAAGGCACAACAAAACCAAGUGCCUACGGCCUGCUCUUCACCGACAGCUUCGGCACAGUCCACAGAGCAUACCUCAACCCAGGACCCAACAACGAGAUCAUACUCUCCGCAGGCGAUGGGCAGCCCCCACCUCCUAAUGCUGAGCGGCAUCGGCCCAGCCGCGCACCUAAGCUCCCUCGGCAUCGCGUCGUCGUCGACCAGCCGAUGGUUGGUAGAGGAAUGUCCGAUAACCCCAUGAACGCCAUAUUUGUUCCGUCGCCGUCGCCUGUCGAGGUUUCUCUUAUACAGGUUGUAGGAAUUACGAGGCUGGGGGCGUAUAUUGAGGCUGCCAGUGUGACUGCGCAGGGGAGGAAUCUUGGAAUGUUUUCUCCGCAGACUGGGCAACUGUACUCGCUGCCUCCGAAAGAAAGAACACCCGAAGCCAUCGCAAAAGCCACAGAAAUCAUGAACAACCUCGCAGAAUCCUCGUUCAGAGGCGGCUUCAUCCUCGAAAAAAUCCUCGGCCCCCUCUCCACCGGCUACCUUGAGCUCAGAAACACCGACCCGCACGAAACCCCCUCGGUCACCUUCAACUACUUCAAAGAACCCCAGGACCUCCGAAGAUGCGUCGACGGGCUCAAAACCAUCGAAGGCGUGGUAAAUUCCCGCGCCUUCUCAAGGUUUCGGUACCCGUUCGUGUCACUGCAAGCUCUGAUCAACAUGACGAUGCAUUUCCCGGUGAACUUCCGUCCGAGGCACGACAACGAUUCGAUGUCUUUGGAGCAGUAUUGCAGGGACACCGUGAUGACUAUUUGGCAUUACCAUGGAGGUUGUCAUGUUGGUGGGGUUGUUGAUGCUGAUUACAGAGUCGUCGGUGUUGACGGGCUUAGAGUUGUUGAUGGCUCUACUUUCAAUUUUACUCCCGGGACCAAUCCUCAAGCCACGGUCAUGAUGCUCGGAAGGUAAUCUAUAACUUUGGUUCUCACGUUCCAUUU